AUGAAAAACUCAAAUGAAACAUUUACCUACAGAUUUAUCUUGAUUGGUCUUUCCACUAAUUCAUUCCUCCAACCAUUAUAUUUUGUAAUAUUAUUGACCAUGUAUAUAGUCACUGUAACAGGCAACUUUUUGAUCAUUGUAGUGGUAAAAACAGAACCCCAACUUCAGACCCCCAUGUACUUUUUUCUCAGUAACCUCUCAUUAAUUGACCUCUGCUUUUCCUCCACCAUCGUGCCAAAACUUCUGAUGAAUACAUUGACUAAAAAUAAGAGCAUUUCAUUCUGGGGAUGUGCCUUUCAGAUGUAUUUCCAUCUUGCUUUGGGAGGAACAGAGUGUAUUAUUUUGGCAAUCAUGGCCUAUGAUAGAUAUGUGGCCAUCUGUCGUCCCUUACACUACAACACCAUCAUGAACCUAAAGCUUUGUGUUCUUCUUUCUGUUGGAACCUGGUCUUCAAAUUUCUUGAACUCAAUUUACUAUGCAUAUACUACUUUCCGGCUACCCUACUGUAGAUCUAAACAUGUGAAUCACUACUUCUGUGAGAUGCCUCCUCUCUUCCGACUGUCUUGUAAAGACACUUUAAUGAAUGAAAUAGCAGUAUAUAUCUCAGGUGGAAUUGUAGGUCUCUGCUCUUUUAUAUUGACACUUCUGUCCUAUGUUCAAAUCAUUUCGACAAUCUUGAGGAUCCACUCAAGCACUGGAAGGCGCAAAGUCUUCUCUACUUGCUUUUCCCACCUUUCAGUUGUUUCUCUUUACUAUGGUGCCAUUGUUUUCACAUAUUUACGUCCUCGGGGAAGCUACUCUGUUGUUCGAGACAGAUCUGUGUCCAUUCUAUAUACUGUUGUUACUCCCAUGUUUAACCCCAUUAUUUAUAGCAUAAGAAACAAAGAAGUCAAAGAAGGUGUGAAGAAAAUAUUUUUUAACAGAUAUCCUCAGUCUACAAUUCUCAAAUUCCAUCACUGA